CUCUUAAUAUUUACAUCGACGCAAGAGCUACUCUCUCUCUCUCUCUAUAUGUAUCUCUGUUCUUGUUCAGUUAGCUUCCUGAUCCGAACAAACCUAAGCGUACCAAAGCAAUUCUCUCGUCUUCUCAAGCGAACCCAUUUCGAUUUUCUUCGCAAUUCUUCAAUUCCUUUGCUCUAUUCGCCCUUGAAAGCAGAGAUUUCUUGUGGGUCAUCAUCAUUUCGUAUAUAUCAGAGCAACAACGCUUCUUCAACAACAAGGCCUGUGCUGUGUAGUUUGAGAUCGGAACAUACAAUGGCUAGCCAAUCCCAGAAGCCCCAAUCUGUCCAUGAGCUCACCGUCAAGGAUGUUAAAGGAAAUGAUGUGGAUCUUAGCAUGUACAAGGGGAAGGUCCUACUGAUUGUAAAUGUCGCAUCACAAUGCGGCUUGACCAAUUCGAAUUACACAGAGUUGAGCAAAUUAUAUGAACAGUACAAAGAUAAAGGUCUGGAGAUUCUCGCAUUCCCAUGCAAUCAGUUUGGUGAGCAGGAGCCAGGGAAUAAUGACCAGAUUUUGGAGUUUGCUUGCACUCGCUUUAAGGCUGAAUUCCCCAUAUUUGAUAAGGUUGAUGUGAAUGGUGAUAAUGCUGCUCCACUAUACAAGUUCCUGAAGUCAAGCAAAGGUGGACUUCUUGGGGACAGCAUUAAGUGGAAUUUCUCUAAAUUCUUGGUUGAUAAAGAAGGAAAUGUUGUCGAUCGCUAUGCUCCCACGACUUCUCCUCUUAGUAUCGAGAAGGAUAUCAAGAAACUUCUGGGAAGCGCUUAAGUUCUGAGUUGUGAUUGCUUUUUCUAGUUUUUGGUAAAUAAUGGCACUUUUAUAGUAAGACCUGAUGAAUCAUUGUCAACAGUGCCUCCUUUGUUUGAACCUUCAUAUUAUGUAAACGUCACACCUUGGAUUUUAUAAUUAUGCUAGCUGUUUUCUAAUGAAUGUUCUAUUUCUUCCCA